CUUUAAUUCCGAUUAAACGAUAUCGCACUUCCGAGAUAGGUAUUCUAUAAAUCCUCGGGUCAUAAACUCCGAGUAAUUACUCGUAGGGAAAUAAAAAUAGCCGAUAUAAGAAGAGCGACCACAAUGGCCGCCGCGGAAGACAACGCGAUGUACUCCUCGCAAGAUGGCCGCCGGGGAUUCGCCGAGAAGAACCCGAAAAAUCGGCAUACACUUAGUAGAUACCGCGAAAAAGUAUUAACAAAGGGAAACAGGCCGACAAUUAACGUAGGAUAUCCGAGGAGACUAAGAAGACGAGUCCUCGUGGGCCUGGAAUAUCUUUGGAUAAGCGUUAUCACGACGGCUGCUCUUCAGGGCGUCUUCGUGCUCGCCGUCGAGGCGAAUUGCAAGGACGUGACUGUUUUGGAAUCUGGAGUUCCCUGCGAACUUAGACAGAGUAUCCUGAAAGCUCAUAACGAGCUGCGAGAAAAUAUUGCUGCUGGUCUUGUUAAAGGCCAACCACCUGCGGGAAAUAUGCUGGAAAUGUACUGGGAUGACGACCUGGCGACAAGUGCUCAAAAUUGGGCAAAUCGGUGCAAUUUUGCCCACAACCCAUCAACGGACAGGAAAGUAGGCAGGUUUGAAAUCGGACAGAACAUUGCUGAAUUGAAAUCACUGAGUGCAGCAACAUCGGCUGAUAAAGAAUUCGAGUUGGUUAUCAAAACCUGGUUCAACGAGCACAAGAAUUACAAAUUUGGACAAUCCGUUUCCGCUUCGAACAACGUUGAGCAUUAUACCCAAAUAGCUUGGGCGACAACGGAACGCAUCGGUUGUGGCUCUACUCUUUUUAUUACAAAAGACAAUAAGAGGAACCGAAUAUUCAUCUGCAAUUACGGGCCCAGGGGAAACGAAUUAGGGCAAUCGCCAUACAACCCCGGAAUGAAAAACUGCCCCUCUUCCUUCAAAGCCUCGAAACGUUAUCCUCAUCUGUGCAGCCCGAAUAAGGAACCCCGAACUCGUUGCUCGCCGAGCGCGGGUGGGAAAAACAAAAGGAAAGGAUUAAGGAAAAGUGAAAGACAAUUAGCCAGGCAAAAUAUAAUGACAGGAUUCUCCAUCGGAAGUUCCUUAGACGAUGAUUCCUUGGAAAGUUGGAGAGGCAGGAAUUACGAGGAAGACUUCUCUUCGGAAUACGACGAAGUGCCUCUAUAUCGAGGAUUAAAUAAUAAAGGACAUCCCGAAGAGGAUGAUAAUCCUAAUAACCCACCUUAUUAUCCUGCAAUUAGCCAGGUAUCGACGAGAAGAACCGAAAAUGUAAAUUAUUUCAACGGGGACCUCGAAAUCAAGGAUUUACCCCAAGCGAAGGAAGAGUCCUUGGAAGGAGGUCAUGCGCCGGAAGUGCGAAGGUUCGAUUUAGAAUUCGACGAGGACAUUGAGGAUUUCAGUUCGGAUAAAGGAGUAAUUCCUCCGGACGAGUCCUUCGAUACUCCCUUUGAAGCCGAGACAACGGAAAUCCUCGAUAUUAAUCGGGAUCAAAGCUUGGAUCCGAAUAUCCAAGAUGGCGGACAGGACCUCGGCGAAGACGACUUCUAUUACAGAAUUCUCGCCAAUGCGGAUUACAGGCAGAGCGAAAAUCGAAAUCUGUUCAAUCCUAAUGUAGAAGAAGUCGAGGAAAAGGACGAAGAUGCCCAGAAGAGUAAUUACAAUAGAUUUCAAUUGGAAUCGAUAUCAGGAAAUGGUAAUUCUAGCAGGCAGGACGAAAUUGGAUCCGUCGAGGGUUUAAGUACGAUAACCCCAUUGUUAAGGAAACUGGUCGAAAGUCCCGGGAAAAGUACCGGAGAAAUUGAAGAAAGACGGGAAGAUGAUGGUAAUGAAGGGAAUUUGGAGGUCAGAAAAUCAUACCCCGUUUACAAUGUCCAGGACUCGGGAGACGAGAUGGAAAGUCGGAACCUCGGCGCGUAUAAUAAUUCGGAAUUGAGGAGUUCAUUGAACAGCGACGACAAUUCGAAUUUUUAUUUAAGGAGAAUGGAUCAGCAAGGACAGGUGGAAAGUGAAAACCGAUACAUUUACGGGACGGCUUUCAGGAUAUUCGACGACUUCGGGCAGGAAGUGCAACAAACUGGUUACAGGAAACUUUUGAUACCGCAAAAUAUCCAGAAUAAUAAUUCUACAAAAUUCUCGAGCAACAAUGGAGAUCAGCCUGGCCCGGAAAAAAAUCCAAGCCAAUUCGAGGAAAGGAAAAAUCGCGAGGUAAACGAGCCCGACUUCAGAAAAUCUGGAAAUGACCAGAUCCUUAAAGAAAUUGCGGAAGAAAAUGACGAGCAACAUAAUAUCCAAGCUCGAAAGGAUGUAAUCGAUACCGAGAUCCAAAAUGGAAAAUAUGACGAUAGGAUCGCCGCGGAAAAAAAUUCCGGGAUCACAGAAAAUGAUUUUACGAAAUUAAGUCCCGAGAAAAUCCAACCACGAGAAGCAGGAAAUCCGAACAGGGAUUCCGAUGAAGCUUCAAAGGACGAAGAAGUGAAAACAAAUGAUAAAUUAGACGCAAGUGUAAUACCAGAUUCGGAUGUAAAUGGCGCUCGCUAUCUUGGAAAAAAUAUCAACAAUGACGCCGAGGUUACAGAAGAAGAGUAUAAAAAUGCCGAAGGGGGUGGAAGCGACCUGGAAGGAAUUAAUAAUGAGAAUGAUAACAUGGACGAAGGUGUUGAUAACACCGAUGGAGGUCAACCGGCAGAUAAUAUCAAAGGUAUAAAGUUUAGGAAAUUAGGGGAGAGUUCGAGCAUAGAGUCCAGAGUCGAAGAAGAAGACGCCGGCUUGAGGAGACAGAACAGCUUGAAAUAUAAAUUACUAGGUCUUAGUGAUAUGGAAAAAUUAAACGACUGCGAGAACUCCCGUCCGCGAAGCCUGCACCUCAGUAUAAUAUUGUAAUGCCGGUAGAAAUAUUAAUAUAUCGAAUUAUAAGAGAUUCAAUUGCCUUCUCUCGCGCGGCCAUCUUGUAUAUGCCAUCGCAAAGUACGCGAGGAUUGUAAUGACCUCUUCUUUUCGGGCAAAUCAUGUUCCAGGAUAAUGGAUCAUCUAAUUUCCGUGCAAACGAGGAAUCCUUUUUGGUUUAAUGUCAAGACUAACCAGCCAGAACUGAUUUGAAGGGACUCGGAAGGAUUCGUAACGAGGCCGAAUGCAGCUGCGAAGCCGACAUUGUCUCAUUUUUUUUUUUUUUACGUGGGGAGGUUCUAAAUAAAUAUUCCAUGAAUGAAAUUUCUCAAAAAAUUCGCCACUACCAAUGACAUUACGCUAUGCAAAUAACUCUACCACGCCGAGAACAAAAAAAUUCCAUGCUACCGGAGAAAUAUUUCUUUGAACAAUACCAUAUUAAAUUCAAAGAAAUCAUUUUCUCGAUCCGAAGAAUCAUUAACCAUCGCUUAAAUAGUAUUUAUUUCUAUUUUAAAAUGUAUGCACAGCAGUAUAGAUAUUCACAGUUAAGUUUUGAUUUACAGUUCUGUAUACGUGUGUGUGUAUAUAUAUAUAUAUCUUUACAAUUCGCAAUGAGGUAAAUCUAGAUUAUCAAAGAUUACGGCUGGGUAGUGUAGAUGAAAGUCAAAUUGAUAAACUUACAAUCUAGGAGCCUUCGAUAUAACAAGAUUCUCGAUUUUAAUCACAGAUCGUAUAGAACGUCGGCCAUUAAGGAAUUUUCAUUAAACCUCUCUUUAAAUUGAAUAAAAAGAUAUAUUUAUAUUUUCC